AUGGCUGAAGUAAUGCAACAUCAAGUGAACAUUCGUAAACGCCGCAUCUUGGAAGCUUUUAAAGAAGAAACAGAAAAUGCGUCACCACCACAGCCAGUGGUUGCAGAAGAGAAGAAUGAACUUGUCGGUCUAGAUUUAACCACACCCCGCGACCAAUCACCACCACCCCAACAAGAAGAGGUUAUGCCCAAGCUAAUUUCCACCGAUAAGGAUGAAGCCAAACUUAUCGAUAUGAAACUUAAAGUUUUGGAAACCUGGGAACUUAGCAAACGCCGAGCCAUUGAAAAAAUGGUCAAGGAUGUUGAAGAUCUACAAGUUUUGGAAGAGAAAAUUGAAAAACUGGAGGAUAUGUUGGAUGAUAAGAACAUUGAAAUCAAUGAAGACGAUUUCGAGGCUUUCUAUCAGAAACAAAUGGAAACUUAUCCGAUGAUGGAACCCUUGGUUCCCCUUGAAGAGUUACAACCACAGACUCCCAAACGGGAGGAACAACAAAAUAAGAGAGUCAAAAUUUCAGCCACUUCAACACCCAUUACCCGGAAACCUGAAAAGAUAGAAAAUACCGAAAUCAUCGAUAAAUUUGUAGCCAAUGAAGAUGGUAUGGUGGUAAUCGGUCCAAAUGGUACAACAAUUGCCAAGAGUGCACUGAGUGCCAUCAACUGGUCCCUCUCAGGCGCAGCCUUGACACGUAAAAUUCUUAUGGAAGUUUUCGAUAGAGAAACCCUGGCGUUCCACACACUAACGGGCAAACCAUCUCCUGCUUUCAUGGAUUGUGAUAAACCAAUGAAAAAUCAAUUGGAUACCCAAAAAGUAGCCGACAUCAUCCAUUUGGUGACCCAACACACAAAUCUAACGGCGAAAGAAGUGCGCAAUGCCAUCACCACCAAAUGUGCCGACGAGAAUAAAAUGUAUCGUCAAAGAGAAAAGAAACGUUUAAAUGCUGCCCUUAAACUUCAGCAGCAGCAACAACAGCAACAUCAGUCACAGGAUCUACAACAAUCGAAUUAG